AUGGCCGACGACGUUCCAGCCCACUAUGCCACCCUUGGUGUAGGUAAAACCGCAACCCCAGCUGAGAUCAAAUCAGCAUAUAAUAAGCUUGUGCUGAUCAAUCAUCCAGAUAAAGGCGGCGAUCAUGAGAAAUUCAUCAAGAUCCAGAAUGCGUAUGAAGUCCUGAGAGAUCCCCAAUCGAAGGAAUUAUAUGACCAAGGCCUGGAGCGCCCAGAGGCUCGGAAGGCUCGAGAAGAGGCCCAGGCCAAGAAAGAAGAAGCAUACAUGCAACGGAAGGCACGCAAGGAAGCUCCUAGAGGAAAAGAAGAGCGAAAGGCGCCCGAAGCUCAGGGGCCUCAUCGACCACCACGUACACCCAACGAGCACCGUGCGCGAGAUGAGGGCCACAAGUACGCCGAGGGACCAGAUGGCGACACGAAACAGCGACGACGCGGAGGGCACUCUUUCUUUGCACGUGACUCCUUCUACGAGGCCAAGUUCACCUUUGAAGCCUUUACUGAUUUCGAGGGAUUCAGCGCUGGAUUCAAGUUUCCUGCUGACAAGAAUAGAGGCUUUCCUCGGGAAUUUCGACCACCUCCUUCUUUCCCAACUUCGGAAUGGGAUGCGCCCAAGAAGCCACAGGCCGCUGAGCCUCGUCAAGGGAAGGACAAGUCGCCGCCGAAGCCUCACGCUCACGCUGGUGAACCAUGUAUACGCUGUGGUGAAGAACAUGCUCAGAAGCAUCGUGAUGAACCGCAUAGACAGCACGGAGAGCUUACUUUUGAAACCUUGACAAGCAGAGCUACAGAACACUGUACUCAAUUCGACUAUGCUUUUCAAAAGCUCCGGGCCGCCAUGGGCAGCAAGGCCCGGGAACACGAUGGGCUCUAUUCUCACCUUGCUCAUCUCAAGGAUGUGCUGUCGAAGCGACUCCUCACCAUCACGCUCGCUCGCCGGGAUCAAACCGUACAGGAACUGAGAAGAGGCCGGACGGAAGGAUCCACCAAACCUGACAAAGAACAUCUAGCCUUGAUCUCUCGCAAGGUCGACGAUGAUCGUAGCAUGUUGAAGAAAGUUGCAGCAUUGAUGCUCAAGCUUUACGAGGCUGUGAAGAUGUCCAAUGAGUCCGACCAUGUCGGUCCUGACCUUAAGCUUCUUGUCUCCAAGAAUGUGGAUGAUCUGAGCUGGUGUCUCGUGCAACAUCUUCGUUAA